AAAUAUGGCUGCCUUGUUGUUGGCGACUGUUGGGUUGUUAUGUUAAAUGUUUAUUUCUUUCGUUUAAUAUGAGUUGAAUUUAGAGUCAGUGUUGAAUACCUUGAAUUGAGUACACAUUAAAAGUGAUCGUACCAGGUGGGGAAACCCAACAGUUGUAUGACAGGAGAGCCAAACCAAUGAAACUCCCCCCUGUGGUACAAACAGCAUAAAUCAAGAUGUGGCCCGCGUCGCAAUACUCUCACUCGAAUGCUCAUGUGGCUACCAGCAAGCAGAAUGAGCAUCAAAAUCAACAAAAUCUCAAGACACUGGGCAUGACCUCCGCUAUCUCUAUGGCAGGUCCGAAACCAAUCGACAUUGAGAAGACGAACGAGUUAAAAGAAUGUCUUGUGCCAUUUGGUGUGUUCGAGUCCGAAGCAGAGAUGCAUCAUCGUAUGGAGGUGCUCGGCUCUCUGCAUCGGCUAGUCCGUCAGUGGAUCCGCGAUGAGUCGUUGCGCAAAAAUAUGCCUGCAAGCGUCGCGGAAACAGUCGGCGGGAAUAUAUAUACGUUCGGCUCGUAUAGGCUUGGGGUUCAUCAUAGAGGGGCCGAUAUCGACGCGUUGUGUGUCGCCCCGCGCCACAUAGAGCGGUCAGAUUAUUUCGCAUCAUUCUACGAUCUCCUCAAGCAGCAGCCACAAGUAAAAGAUUUGAGAGCGGUGGAGGACGCGUUCGUGCCGGUCAUCAAGAUGAACUUCGACGGCAUCGAGAUUGAUUUACUGUUCGCGAGAUUAGCUCUCAAAGAGAUACCCGACUCAUUUGAUCUUCGUGACGAUAUACUACUCAAGAACUUGGACCAGAAGUGCGUUCGGUCCUUGAACGGUUGCCGGGUUACAGAUGAAAUACUAAGAUUGGUGCCAGACAUCAACAAUUUCCGGCUCACACUACGCGCCAUCAAACUGUGGGCGAAACGUCACGGUAUAUACUCUAAUACCUUGGGAUACCUGGGCGGAGUAUCGUGGGCGAUGUUGGUGGCCCGCACCUGCCAGCUGUACCCGAACGCGUUGCCGGCGACGCUGGUGCACAAGUUCUUUUUGGUAUUCAGUCAGUGGAAGUGGCCGCAGCCCGUACUUUUGAAGCAACCCGAUGCGGUCAACUUGGGCUUCCCCGUCUGGGAUCCGAGGGUUAACAUAUCAGAUCGGUUCCACUUAAUGCCAAUCAUUACGCCGGCGUACCCUCAACAAAACUCUACGUUUAACGUAUCGGCUUCUACUCGCAGCGUUAUCAUGGAAGAAUUCAGGCUAGGAUUAGCGAUUACGGAUGAGAUAAUGCUCGGAAAAUGUAGCUGGGAGAAAUUGUUUGAAGCUCCAAACUUCUUCUCUCGGUAUAAGCAUUUUAUUGUAUUGUUAGCGGCCGCCGCGCGUGCCGACGAUCAGCUUCAAUGGUGCGGACUCAUCGAGUCGCGUAUCAGACAUCUUAUCACAACAUUAGAGCGGAAUCAGCACAUAACAAUAGCUCAUGUGAAUCCGGAAUGCUACAACUCUGUGCCGCUGCACGCUAACGACGGACAUCCACUAGCGCUACCGCCAGGUACUCCACAAGACUCGCCAGUACCUACCGAUCCAGCUCCCGAACUCAAGAGAAAUGACAAAGGUGAAGUGAUACCAAACUUCUGCUCGAUGUGGUUCAUCGGUCUUGUGUUUGAGAAGACAAAUCUAACUGUGGACCUCACAUAUGACAUCUCGUCGUUCACCAAAGCGGUACAUUAUCAAGCUGACAACACAAGCAUGCUACGGGAAGGGAUGACCAUAGAGGCGCGUCACGUGCGACGUAAACAGUUACACCAGUACCUGUCGCCGUCGCUGCUGAAGAGAGAGCGGACCACCUCCGGCGCCAAGAGGCGACCGCAGGAGCACGCGCCCGCGCCGGCGCCUCUCAAGAAGACCAAACGACUCUCAGAAAGCAGCACGGAUGAAGUCAGCAUCCUCUCGUAUAACGAUGACUCCAACUCGUCAAACGUAUACGAGGUUAACAUACAGAACGGCACGGCUCAGGUAGUUGAGCCAGUGGCAAAGACAGCAGACAAGACACAGGAGCAUCCACCCUCCACAUCCAGCACUAUUGCCUGCACGUAGCAGUACGAGGAGUGGCGGCAACGUUUCAUAUACGGUGCCAACAGUGUCAAACUGAACAGGGUCAAACGACUCUAAGUGGACAGUGAUCAAUGUGAUUUAUAGUGUUAAGAAUGUGAUAACGAAGAAAAUGAAACUCGUACGGUAAACGGUGCAAUUUGACAUGUUUUUGUCUCUGUUCCCUGUAUUUUGUGUGUACGGGAUUGUGAAACGGCUUCGGUAAGUAGUUUGACUGAAGUGUUUUGUUUGAAGAGAAAGAGAUAUUUGAUAUUCGGAGACGACUGAUUAGAAUGCUUUUGUAUGAUUGCUGUUUCGGUCUGUUGAUAACUCGUUUAUGACUUGGCGUUGCAAUAAAAUCUUUGGUAGAUUCUCUGUAAGGAAGCACCUAGUGUUCGAUACGAAUGUAGUAGCAAUAAAUAUUUGAGUGCUUCAGACAGAGAAGUGCCUUACAUUUUAUAAGCACUUAAAUGGAACUAUGACUC